AAACCACUGAAGAGUGAAGAGUGAAGAUCCAUCACCAUUUAUUUAUCUAUUCUCCAGCAUUUAAAAAGGUUGAUUUCACAUUGAGAAAUGGCAGAAGAGCUGAAGCGGGCGGAAGAAUUGAAACAGGCAGAAGAACUGAUGGAACGGGCAGCUCGAGCAGGAGAUAUUGAUGCUUUCUACAAAGUUCUUGAAAGAGAACCAUUAAUUCUUAAAGAAAUCGAGGAGAAAGAAUUUGUAGAAACCCCUUUGCACGCAGCUGCAUCUGCUGGCCGCACUAACUUUGCCAUUGAAAUGUUGAGUUUAAGGCCUUCGUUCGGAAGGAAGCUGGACCCACGGGGCUAUACUCCUCUUGAUCUAGCACUCCGUGAAGGCCACAGAGACACCGUGAAGCAGCUCAUAAGGUUUGAUCCUAAGCUCAUUCAAGUCAGAAGCAGGGAGAGGAAGACGCCGCUGCACUAUGUAACUGAAAUUAACGAUGAUGAUCUGCUCAGCGAGUUUCUCAUAGCUUGCCCCACCGCGAUCAAGGAAGUGAACAUUCAAGGAGAAACAGCUGUGCAUCUGGCCGUGAGGAACGGAAGGAUUCAAGCUUUUAAAGUUCUAAUUGGUUGGAUUCACCGGACUGACAACAGAGAAAUAUUGGAUUGGAAAGAUAACAGUGGCUCCACAGUGUUGCACAUUGCUGCACAAACAGGUCAAGUUGAGGUUGUGAAGUAUUUAACAAAAGAAAGAGUGGAUCUUGAUGUUAGGAAUCCAGAAAAUAAGACUGCUCUUGAUAUCGCUGCGGAUGGAAUAGCAGAUGAUCCGCAGAAUCAUUCAGCUCUCUCUGCUGAUUCGAACAAAGCAUAUCUACAAGUUCAGAAAAUACUGCAUAGAGUUGGCGCCAUGUAUUCAUCAGAACUUCCUAAGUCCAUUACAAUGGUGGAUGUUCUAACAGUUCCAUACAAAAAUGGGCGAAUCCAAAAGAAGGCAAAGAGAGCUGUAGAUUCGCGUAAAGGAUUAACAGAGGAUAUGCGAAAUGCAUAUUUGGUAGUUACUGUUUUGAUUGUAACGGCUAGUUUUCAAGGUGUUCUCAGUCCUCCAGGUGGCGGUUGGCAAAGUGACGAGAAAGACAACAACAACAAUAAGAAUAAUACGGCUCUGGUUCUGCCUCCACCACCUUCCAUCACAACAAUGAAAUAUUCCGAGUCCUCCAUCCAGAAAGCGAAUGCACCGGCUCCUCCUUCUAAUCUAAAAAAUUUUCUAGAGGGAGCAAUCUCAAAAGAAAGUCUCUUUUACCCAUUUUUAAUAGUGAAUUCGGUUACUUUUGCUUUUUCUGCAGCACUGACUUACAUGCUGCUGCCCUUCCAUGGCCACGACACUGUCUUGCUGUUCGUGUCACUCAUGUUUCUCAUGGGAGCAUAUUCAAUGUCUGUUACGCUCAUAGCGCCACCCAACUCCCACUGGAUUAUCACGACUGGAUGCACGUAUGCUGCAUUACUCAUAUUCCAUGGUGUGUUUGGUUAUACUAGGCUUACACCAGAAGUUGCAGCGACAAAGUGGAUACCGAUAGCCUCUGUUCGCAAGUUUACUCGCCGGCUAUUUGCUACCGAUCUUUUUCAUUAUCGGUUGGAAAAGCGAGUGCGUCUAGGCAAAUACAUGACUUGAGGCACUUGGAUUUGAGAAUAUAUUGUAACAAGCUUUUUUUGUGUGAGAGAAAUAAUAACAAGUUCUCCAGUUUAAAAGUAUAGUGUGAUUCUUUUAUUUUCAGAUAUUGACAAAAGGGUUUGAUUGUUUGUUCUUUUUGUGUGACGAUGCUUGAAUGUGAAGUUCUUGUUCAAAACA